AUGACGGUCACAUUUGACAACGCAGACAGUGACGAGAUCCUGGGCGAGCUCAACUUCACCCUUCCCGACGACGAGCUCGACCACGAUGCGCGUAUCUACCUGGAAGUGGGUCACGAGCGACCCAAAAAGCCCUUCUGGAAGCCACUCCAUUCGCUUCGACCGGAGCUGGACCACCUUCGCUCCCUGUCCCCCGUCGAACAGCUUCCGCUCAUCCGCUCGCAUCUCGCAUCGCGCGGAUUUGCCAUCGUCCCACACCACAGCUCGGUCCUCUCACAACACGGCAUCGACGAUCAACCCGCCUUUACCGCUUUCGCUCGCGAAAAUCUCGACUUGAUCCAGCGCAUCACGGGUGCGGACGAGGUGAUUCUAUGGAACGCAACAAAACGCCAAGCCACCGCGACAACAUCUGAGACCUCUGCGGAUGGAUACGAGCGUCAGUCCCGACCUCAAGGAGUGGAGUCGCGAUUCGAUAAGCCCAUGGAACCUCCCGCGGUGUUCGCGCACAUCGACCAGGAUCCGUACCAGGGCAAGCGCGUUUGCGCUAUGGCCAUCGCUGGACAUCCCCCCCUGCUGAAGGAUGGGGCGAUGGUGAACCCGCACGAGGCAGUGGACGCUGACCUAGCGGGAAACUAUGGCAGGACCAUGAUCAUCAACCUCUGGCGACCCGUGGGCGGGGUUGUGUACGACAAACCCCUGGCUAUCGCUGAUUACAGGAGCUUGGACAAGAAGUGCAUUUCCAGAUGGGCGAGCCCGUACGGGUGCGGAUACGAUGUGCACGAGGAUGGAGGGCAGAGGUGGCACUUUGUGCCCCAGCAGACCAACGAUGAGGUCUUGGUGUUCAAGUGCUACGAUUCGGCGCAGGAGGAGAAAGGCGAGGCGCUGUAUGGAGCUCAUUGCGCCGUGAAUAGGGUCAAGGGUGGAGGGGAGGUGCCGGAGGGUGCGAAGCCGAGAAGGAGCGUCGAGUUUCGCUUUGUUGCUGUGUGGCGCUAG